AUGCCUCGAACACACAGCUGGGAUGUAAACAAACAGACACAGCAUAUCUGCUGUGAGUCUAUCUUAGCGAGCGACAAGGGCGCUAAAAUCAGCAGACGCAAAUGUCAUUUUAAACCAAAUAGUUCCAAAGCAAAAAAUAAUUCAAACACCGAUCUGGAGCCUUCCAUGAAACUUCACCCUAAUGCUGAUGAAGUGAAACCAUGGAAUUUGUUUACUUUAUGUUGUGGAGUUACUGGGUGUUCUUUAAGGGUCCUGCUCACAUCAUCAAAUGCUAUUCUAUUCUUCUUGUGUACACCCACUUCUUUAACAAGAGUAAGAAAAGAAACUGAAAACAUGACCCAAAUGGAAGAUUGGAGGAUUUCAUUAGUGACUGAUAGGGGUGGUAGAGAUGGUUUAUCAAAGAAUUCUGUGUCUGUGGAAAAGCUGAGAAGAUAUUUUGAAAGAAAAUGUCGCCUGGAACAAAGUCAGGACCAGGAGCCAAACACUUCAGGGUACAACUCUCAGGAAUCUCGCCAUGAGUCUGCAGUGAUUUCAAAUGACCUUUGGUCAAGGAAAGAUGUCAAGGCCAUUGGUGACCAUAAAGAUGUAGACCACAGUUUAAUUGCUCAAGACAAGGAGAAUGUGUUGUCAGCUAAGAAUAGAACUUUGACAGAAAAUGGUGCUAAUUCACAAUAUUCAAAAUCUCCUCUAACACAAAAGAGUUCCAAUCCUGCAUCUGAUUCGGUAAGGAGCUUUAAUGAUGACAGUGAUGAAAGACAUGAAAGUGGAUUAAAAGAUGACACAGUGACACAUACAGGAAGUCGACUAGGUCGUCAGUUACGCAUAUCCUCCUUAACAGACUCCACAGGACAUUUGUAUGUGCCUGAUACACCUUCACAUUCGUUAGCACACCAAUCACUUUCAUCAAAGGGAGAUAAUCAAAAUUCAUCAAAUGAAUCAGUAGCAUCAUUGGAAGUUGUUGAAAGCGUAAAUCAAAAUGUGACUCAAACUUCAAAUGCUGCUAAUAGACACACACCUAAAAUUGUGUACAGUCAUUCAGAAGACAAUUGUAAUGUAGAAAGACCUCACAAAACACUUCAACAUUCCCCGUACAGUUCACCAAACGCUUCACCACGCCUUAAGCGACGCCCAACCAUGGAAACAAGGCGUGUGUCAAUUUCAGAUGUCGACGGAUUCGUUCAACUUAACCAGUAUCAGCUUAAAACCGAGAUUGGCAAGGGAUCCUAUGGUAUUGUAAAAUUAGCUUACAACGAAGAAGAGGACUUCAAUUAUGCAAUGAAAAUUUUAUCAAAGAAACGGCUGAUGAAAAAGGCUGGUUUCUUUCGGCGACCCCCUGCAAGAGAUGGAAAACCUAUGGCACACCCUCCGAAUCCCUUGGAAAGAGUGUAUAGAGAAAUCGCCAUUCUAAAAAAACUUGAUCAUCCAAAUAUUGUGCGAUUGGUUGAAGUGUUAGAUGAUCCAGACGAGGAUAAUUUAUAUAUGGUUUUUGAGCUGCUUGAAAAGGGGGAGGUACUGGAGGUGCCGACGCCCACUCCUCUAUCAGAGGACACUGCCUGGAGAUACUUCAGGGACAUCGUUGUUGGUAUAGAAUACUUGCAUUUCCAGAAGAUAAUUCACAGGGACAUCAAACCGUCAAAUCUGCUAUUAGGAGAUGAUGGACACAUCAAGAUUGCUGACUUUGGUGUGAGUAAUGAGUUCACAGGCACAGAUAUAUCUCUCACUAACACAGCUGGAACCCCUGCCUUCUCAGCCCCAGAGACACUUAAAGAUGGCAAAGAAGAGUUCGGAGGGAAGGCUCUAGACAUUUGGGCAAUGGGAAUUACAUUAUAUAGCUUUGUGUUUGGACAGGUUCCUUUCCCUCCAAAAGAUGACUACAUUAUGGGUUUACACAGACGCAUUUUGAAUGACCCAGUUACAUUUCCAUCAGUGCCUAAGAUAUCGGAGCAGAUGAAGGAUUUGAUACUUAAGAUGCUGGAAAAAGACCCGAACAAUAGAAUUCUUCUGCCUGAUAUCAAGGUGCAUCCCUGGGUGACGAAGGAUGGUGAGUUCCCACUUCCCACAGAGGAAGAAAACUGCAUUCUGGUUACCGUCACACAGGAGGAUAUCAACAAUGUCGUGAAACAUGUGCCAAAGAUUGAAACUGUGAUAUUAGUGAAGAGUAUUCUGAAACAGAAAUCUUUCAGAAAUCCCUACCGGGACAAGUCUCAUGUAAAAGAAGAGUUCCAGAAAGGGAGAUCACAUUCAGCUCCAGAUACAUUCCAUGAUGUAAUGAAAAGGAAAAUUUCUUCAGAUGCACAUGUUGAUUCACCACUGAAGGAAGAUUCGUGA